AUGACCGAAGCCUACGAGCGCGAACAACAGAACAACGCCCUCCUCAACUCGCUCUCCUCGAAGGUGUCUGCGCUGAAAUCCGUGACGAUUGAUAUCUAUGAUAAUGCUCGGGAUCAGGAGACGUUGGAUCAUUCGAGUCAAGUCUUCUCCUCCCUCUCCACAAACCUCAAAGGCAGCGCCAGCAGAUUAACCCGCAUGGCGCGGCAGGGCGAUACCGUUGCCGUCUUGAAGGUAGCGGGCAUCGUGAUCACGGCUGGGAUUCUUUUGUGGAUUAUUCUUGGGUGGAUUUUUUGA